GUCUCGACAGUAUCGACGAUAUCGGCGCCAGCAACGCGCAGAGCAGAGGGAACAGCUGACUCGUUCUUCCUAACCUCGAACGUGCGAUCAAGACACUCGGUCAAUUUUUUUCCUCCAAAUCAGACGACGUUGCGCGAUCUUCACGUGUCAGUAAGGAUCGACGAUCGCGAGUACUAGACGAUCGCGAUUGAUUCGAGUCGAGCUCGGGUCAGGUUGAAUCGGCAAUAAUGGUGAAAGUCAACACACGAUGGAAGACCGCCGAGGAUUUCAACCUUCUGCGUGGGACCAGCGCUUGGACGAAGGUUCAAUAUUUCUGGCGCAAAGGGUGGAUAGAGAUCCCGGUGACGAUGGGAACCUCAUUUCUCGCACUGUUAGGAACUGGUAUGAUUUUCUACACGGUGUAUUACGGUGUCACGCACGAUAUGACACCGAAAUAUUAUAACACGCUGAAAAUUUACAGACCGGAUGAUCCGGAAGUUAAGAAGAUCCGUCACACCUCGUUGUUUGACGACAAAUAAUUUUCACUUAACAAAUAUCAAUAGCAUCUGAGAUAGUCAUUAUAUAUUCCUCCAUUGUAAAUUUACGUUUCAAAUAAAUGAAUAAGUAUUGUUA